AUGCUGCUGCCACCGCAUCAAUCCAGAAAAAGCAUAACCAACCCAAAGCAGCAGCAGCAGCAGCAGCAGGAGCAGCAUGACCAGCUGCAGCAGCAGCAGCAGCAGCAGCAGCAGCAGCAGCAUGAAUACCUUGUGCCUGAGUCUGAAACUGUUUUGCUGCUGGCAGCAGCAGCAGCUCUGGCGUCAGCAGCUCCUCCGCGCUGUGCAGCAGCAGCAGAGCAGUGCGCCAGUCCCGCAGCAGCAGCAGCAGCGGCAGCGAAGAACAAAGGGCCCCCAAUGACUGCAGGGCCUCCAGCUGUCUAUACAGCACACACUGCUGCUGCCGUUGCCUGCAGCAGCAGCAGCAGCAGCAGCAGCAGCAGCAACAGCAGCAGCAGCAGUAGCAGCAAACGCAACAGCAAACACAACACAUACUGUAAGCAGCAGCAGCAAAACGGGCAGUGCAGCGGCUGCAGUUGCUCCAGCAGCAGCAGCAGCAGCAGCAGCAGAAUCCAAGACAGCAGCAGCAGCACUAAUCGAAUGCUGCUGCAGCAGCAACAGAAAGAUCCUCAGCCAGCAAGCAGCAGCAGCAGCAGCAGCAGCAGCAGUAGCAGCAAACUCCAAGCAGCAGCAGCAGCAAAUGCUGCUGCCACCGCAUCAAUCCAGAAAAAGCAUAGCCAACCCACAGCAGCAGCAGCAGCAGCAGCAGCAUGA